AAGCAGGUUGUGAUGUUGGGUCAGAUCGCUUUUUUCUUCUUUCUUCCUUCUCUUCAGCUCUUCUGUUCUUCCACUCUUCGGUCUCUUCUAUCUUCUUUAGCAGGGGGCGGCCGCUUCUCUCCUCCAUGCGUUUUUAUUUUAUUUUAUUUUUUUAUAUACAAUUUUAUCUUGAGCUAACUUAACCUAACUUAAUCUAAUUUACAUCUAGGUGACGGCAGCGCGCCGUUUCUGCACUCCGUGGAGUUCCGGGACAGCGCGCGCCGUCACAACUAAGCCUACUCCUAAUCUAACUCAACCUAACUAUAGACUUCAAAAUCAAAUGCCAUAUUUCAUGCCAAGACUAUAUUAUUAUAUGAUUGGUUCCUAAGGAUUGAAGUGUCAGGAGAUUUUUUCCCAGUCCCUAUAAGUAUAAACCACUAUUUAUAAUAUGAUAUAAUAAAUAAAAUAAUACAAAUAUUAAGUACACUUCUAUGUCCCUUAGAUUCGAUUUGAUUUAAAAAAAAUAAACAUCACAAUAUUAAGCUAAAUACUUUCAAAAUAUCACAUAAAAUAUUCGUGUAGUUUUAUUUUCUGAAGCUCUGCGUGGAACUAAACGUCAUGUUAUUGUUGACUAUGACGUCAGACCGUAGCCAAGACAACUCGAAUUGGCGGGAAGUGCCCACACUUCUCUACAACUCUACGAUCAACGCGACAAUUUAUGUUAAAGCAGAGUAGCACUAGGCACCGGAUGAGCAAUAUUUGAAAAGUGUGACAGCGGAUUUUCGGAAGUCUGGACUUACUCACGCCUCUUCAUUAUUGGUGAAGCAAUCAAUUUCGUGUGAGACUCCGAUGGGCGUUCGCCAGAACCCAUGGACUCCAACAAAACGAAGAGGGCCAAUAGCUGCUGAAGCUUCCAGUCCUGGACCAGCCGUAGUAUCUCUCCCUUCCCUUAUAGGUAAACCGCCUCCAGAAUCGAGGAAACCAAGAGCUCCAGCUUUUACUUUCGGACAGAAGCUAGAUCCUCUUGCUAAUAUAGCAAAGGCUGGACCUGGACCUGCUUCCUACAAUACAGAAGGAAUGACUGCUAAAGGGCGUGCGUUAGGACCAGCUGCUUCGUUGCAUGGUCGAUGGCCCCCUCCUCGAGUGGAGCCGACACCCGCGCCUUGUGACUACGAACCGAAUAAGGCCGCACGGGCGGUCCUUGACCACGCUCCGGCGUUUUCAAUAGGUCUCCGUGUAAGCCUUCCCGGACCGGGGAGUAAAACUCCAGCACCCAAUACUUAUUCUAUGCCACCGGUACUUGGUGAAGCGAAAGAAGGGAGUAAAAGAGCUGCACCGGCUUUCAGUAUCACAGGUCGUGGAAAGUUUUCUGAAGCUAAAGGAUUAAUGCCUGGCCCGGGAACGUAUACAACCGAUAGAGCUGCAGCUGCAUUGACGAAGCGUCCACCUGCCUUCACGAUGGCUCCUAGACGAGAACUAAAACCACCCACUGCAGCGGUUCCCGGUCCCGGAGUGUAUUGUCCUGAGAAGACAAACGGGGCUUACAAAGAGAAGUCCAUCAAAUACACAGUUUCAAGCAAAAUGAAACUUGAAAGGGUUGAUCAAAUACCCGCUCCGAACGCUUAUUGUCCUGAAAAAGCAGAUAGGAUUCUGAGAGAAAAGUCACCCGCGUUUUCGUUUAGGACUAAAAGCGAAAUUACAAAAGUUCACGAUGCGCCCGCACCAAACAUUUAUUCACCAGAAAAAACAAUACAUUCGUUAAAAAGCGGACCGAAAUACACUUUAGCAGGCAAAGGUGUAGCUGAAAAGCACGAAAUAACACCGGCACCAAAUUGCUAUACACCACAAAAAGCAGACAGAAUUUUACAUCAAAGUGCACCUUCUUUUUCAAUGAGAUCUAAAGAUGUAGUAGAUAAAGUUGAACACACCCCUGCGCCUAACAUGUAUUCUCCAGAAAAAUCAAUGCAUAUGUUAAAUGGUGGACCUAAAUAUACAAUUUUAGGAAAGACUGGAUUUACUAAAAUAUCUGAAACACCAGCUCCUAAUAGCUAUGAACCUCAAAAAGCGGACAAAGUAUUACAUGAGAGUUCACCGUCUUAUACAUUUCGAACUAAAGAACAGAUUGUUCUUCGCAGUGAAUCACCGGCACCGAAUGUUUAUGCUCCUGAGAAAUCUUUGCACUCAUUAGAUAAUACUCCAAAGUUCACUAUGGCAGGCAAAGGAAAUAAUCCUAAAAUCGAAAACAUUCCAGCUCCUAAUUCUUAUAAUCCAGAUAAAGCCGAUAAAUUGCUGCAUGAGUCAUCGCCAGCUUAUUCAUUUCGACCAAAAAACAUUUUGGAGAAGCCAAGCGAUACACCUGGACCCAAUGCAUAUGAGCCGCAUUUACUAGAUGACCAUCCGAAGUUUAGUUUAUACGGUAGAGCACAUGAUUCUAAGCCAUCUGAUACACCAGCUCCGAAUGCUUAUGAUCCUCGCCUCUUGGAUAGAGCACCAAAAUUUUCGAUUAGUGGAAAAGGACCUUCCGGAAAACUAUCUGAUGUCCCUGGUCCUAACGCUUACGAUCCUCACCUUCCUGAUAAUACCCCAAAAUUUUCUCUGUCCGGGAGAGGACAUGAAAGUAAAGUAUCUGAUACUCCAGGCCCUAAUGCCUACGACCCACAUCUUCCAAACGAUACACCUAAAUUUACUCUUUCUGGUAGAGGUCACGAUAGUAAACCGUCGAACACUCCGGGGCCUAAUGCCUACGAUCCUCAUCUUCUUGAUAAUACACCCAAAUUUACUCUUUCUGGAAGAGGUCAUGACAGUAGGCCAUCUGAUACUCCAGGCCCUAAUGCAUAUGAUCCUCAUUUUCCAGACAAUACACAUAAAUUUACUAUUGCUGGUAGAGGUCACGACAGUAAGCCAUCUGACACUCCAGGCCCUAAUGCCUACGAUCCUCAUCUUCCAGACAAUACACAUAAAUUUACUUUUUGUGGUAGAGGUCACGACAGUAAGCCAUCUGACACUCCAGGCCCUAAUGCCUACGAUCCUCAUCUUCCAGACAAUACACAUAAAUUUACUAUUUCUGGUAGAGGUCACGAUAGUAAACCGUCGAACACUCCGGGGCCUAAUGCCUACGAUCCUCAUCUUCUUGAUAAUACACCCAAAUUUACUUUUUCUGGAAGAGGUCAUGACAGUAAGCCAUCUGACACUCCAGGCCCUAAUGCCUACGAUCCUCAUUUGAUGGACGGAGCUCCGAAAUAUACAAUGGGAGGACGAGGGCCAUCUGGAAAGCCUUCGGAAAAUCCCGGGCCAAAUGCCUAUGAUCCUCAUUUACUAAAUAGUUCUCCAAGAUAUUCUUUAUAUGGGAAAGGCCAUGAUUUAAAAACAUCAGAUGUACCUGCUCCGAAUGCAUAUGAUCCUCACUUACUUGAUGGAACACCUAAAUACACGCUCGGGGGUAAAGGACAGCCUAGCAAAGUUAUAAAUACGCCAGCUCCUAAUGCGUAUAACCCUGAGAAAUCUGAUAAAGUUUUACAUGAGAGCUCGCCAGCCUACACUUUUAGAAGUAAACAGCCGCUACAGAAGCUAGAAGAUAACCCAGCGCCGAACGCUUACGAUCCUAGCAAAUAUGAUUAUAUGCUGGACGGGGCUCCGAAAUACAGUUUUGGUAUAAAAAGACCUGCAGAUAAAACCCCCAACAAUCCAGCACCGAAUGCAUAUAGUCCUGAAAAAGCUGAUGACACUCUUCACGAAAGGUCUCCUGCAUAUACAUUCCGUCCAAAAAUCGAUGAUAACAAGUUUUCAAAUACUCCCGCACCAAAUUACUACAAUCCUGAAAAAAGCGAGAACCUAGUACACGAACACUCACCGUCGUAUUCAUUCAGGCCGAAGUUUACUGACGAAAAAGUAUUUGAAACUCCAAGUCCCAAUGCGUACAACCCCGAAAAGGCCGACAAAGUACUAUUAGACAGCGCGCCGCGGUAUUCGUUCAGAAUAAAAACAAACACACAUAAGCCUGAUGAUGUUCCCGCACCCAACACUUACAGCCCCGACAAAGCCGACAAAGUCCUCCUAAAUAGCGCACCGCAAUAUACAUUUAGAAUCAAAACGGACACUUUAAAAACGAUCAAUACUCCGGCUCCAAACGCUUACAACUUACCUAAUCCAGUAGAAACUCCACUAUACACGAUCACAGGAAGGCACAAGGAUCCAAUUGAUGAGAGAUUGAAAGUUCCAGCCCCUGGUACAUACAAUCCGGAGAAGGGCUACAAAUUAAUUUUGACCUAUUCCCCUAAACAUACAUUUGGGAUUAAAGUGCACACCGAAAAAUAUGCCAAAUCUCCUGCCCCGAACUCGUAUCGCAUCCCAUCCGUGCUGGACACUCCGGUUUACACUAUCGCAGGUCGACACAAAGUUCCUGUAGACGAUAGGGUGAAAGUACCCGCGCCUGGCGCCUACUCCCCCGAAAAGGUGCAGCUCAACAAGACUCCUCAAAUAACAUUCGGAAUUAAGCACUCGCCUUUAUUAGGCCAACUGAAACCCGUGACACCGCCGAGACGCAUCGAGAGGCAGAACACUCACGAAGUAACGAAUCCAUCCACGAAUCUGUCACGAACACCAGACCUAAAUGGCAUAAAAGAAAACAGAUCUGCACACGAUUUGAAUGAAGUGGAACAAAUCACGCAAACAAGCAAUGAUGAAGAGCACGAACAACGUUUCAGUGGAAUCCAACACACACACGUCACACAUCUCAGACAUGAAAAUGACGUAAGGAGCACAACGGUCACCCCGGAGCCUGUCCAAGAAACGCUGACGCAAGAAAUCGUUUGGAUUCCGGAAAAACCAGUUGGACGUCGCGGCUCCUACACUAUUGAGAAAUCUGACGGCUCAGGCUUCACUGAACGGUACCAAAACAGUGAAGUCGUUCCAGUUGAGAAUGGAGUUAUUAGAACUGCCGAGAGCGGUGAGAGGGGAGGAACUUGCUCCGAAGAACGAAGCAGCGAAUUAAUAAAAGCGGACGGAUACGAACAAAGCGUCGUUAAGAACGUUAAAAACGCUAAUGCUCACGAAAGGAAUCAAAAGGCUACCGAAGAAGUGCGUACCGACACUGACGUGCAGCAUUUGCCCAAUGGUGGUAUUGCCAAAACUACGACUACGACUACUGUUCGAAGAGUGGGAACAGCCGAUCGUACAGCUAAUGCCUCGACCACGGUCACUCGUACCGCAACCGCUGUUACUUCCCGAGAUAUCGGAGUUAAAUAAACCAAUACAUUGAUAUUAAUUAUAGCUUCUUUCACCAUCAAGCUUUUUGACCACACUAAAAUACUAUCUAAUCUAAUGAAUGUUUUAUUUUUAUAUCACACAAGGUUGAAAAUAUCUUGCGCUGUACCUUUGUGUUUUUUUUUUCUACAAACAUUUAACUGUUUAUUUUUCUACCUUCAACUAUUGAAGGAAAACUAGAUCUCUAAUUUGAUCUUUAUACGAUUUUAUUUAUUUAGUGUGUAAGUGAAAUAUUCGUAAAAACGGAUUCCAUUAUUGAUUUUGUUACUCUAAAGAUUUAUUAAAUUGAACAUGAAUUAACAUCACUAAAGUUACUUACUACAAGUGAAAUGUAAUGUAAUAAAAUUUUAUUUGCAA